CAGUUCGCCCACAUCUGCACCAUCCAUCAACGGGCAUUGCGCGCAGGGGGAAAUCGCUGACAGUUAACAGAGAUCUCGCCUAGCAAUCGGGCCGCCUGCCAAGUCAAGGCCUGCAGGGAUGCCGGCGAGAAAAUCAAGAAGGGCGAGCUCCGCUUGGGCGUCUGGGUUCAGUAUAGGAAUGACCCAGAGAAGGCCGGCUGGCAGUGGAGGCAUUGGGGUUGUGUGUCCGGGGAGCAGAUAGUCAGCUUUCGAGACAAGCUCAGGCUCGGGGAUGGCGAUUACGACUGGGAAAUGAUUGAUGGCUGGGAGGAUCUCGAGGACCAUCCUGACCUGCAGGAGAAGAUCAAGCGCGUUCUCAGGCAGGGACAUAUCGAUCCCGAGGAUUUCAAGGGCGACCCGGAGAUGAACAAACCUGGUCAGAGGGGCAUCCAUCGCCGUAGGAAGAAAGCGGACGACGAAGCUGAGGCUGGGGCGGGAGCCGAGGGUAAUGAGAACGCCGAGCCCACACCCAAGAAAGCCACUGGAAAACGUGGCCGCGGCAAGAAGAGUGAAGCCGAUAACGAGGAGGCCGGCGAGCCGGAGCCGCCUGCUAAGAAGGCCAAACGCGCUGCUAAGAAGAAGGCCGAGCCAGUUUCCGAGCUUAAGUCUGAGCCAGAACCGGAACUGGAGGUGAAGCCUAAGAAGGCUGCCAAGGGCAAGCGUGGCGCAAAGGCCGCAGUUGCUAUUGAACAGGAAAGCGAUGGAUCGCUUCCGCAGGAGGCUCCUCAGGCCAUGCCGGAGCCGAUGCCGGAGAAACCCCAGAGAGCUGCCAGGGGCAAACGUGGUGCAAAGGCUGCUCCGGUUGUCAAGGAAAAAACCGAUGGAGAAGUGGCGCGCGAGUCUGAGGCGCUUGAGCCGACGCCUGAAAAGCCCAAGAGGGUGGUCCGGGGCAAGCUUGGUGCCAAGGCUGCUCCGGCUGUCAAGGAGGAGAGUGACGCUGAGCCGGAGCCGCCGAAGAAAAGGCCUGUACGCGCUAGGAAGGUAAAGAAGGAGCCAACACCUGAGCCCGAGUCCGCGCCUGAGCUCGAGUCAGAGGUUGAGAGAGAGGCCGAGUCCGACUUUAAGUCGGAGCCCGAGUCAGAGCCUGAGUCGGAGACGGGGUCAGAGCCGGAGGUGGAGGAGGAACCCACACUGAAGGCGAAGAGGAGCCGCAAGGCGCCGGCGAAGAAGGCCGCCGCUGCUCCGAACAGACGGGGCAGGAAAUCCACUGCCUAAUCACGAUGGCCCGAGCGCCUGAAAUCGCUAUCUCAACAAUUUCGGAUUCAAGACACUUCGUCACUGCAUGAACAUGUAACGGCAAGGUGCCAUUGCUCUGUUCGCGCUUUUACUCUUGACACUUCUUCUGUCGCGCAUCUUGCCGGAUACAGAUCGUAUUUCCCCCGUCUCCCUAUUAGUUUCGCAGCGGAGCGAGGCUGUGGCGGUUCUGAAGACAGCGCAGCAGGCGGCAGAACAGCGUCAGUCUCAUAUAGCUCAUCGGGAAGCGAGUCUGCCAGCAGGGCUUUUAUUAACUUUGUUUCCACUUCUUGUCUGUUCGAUAUGUGUGCUAUUUGUGAGUGGCUUCAAGAAGAUCGCCCCUCGGCCAUGGGCCUCGAUACACCUCGACAGACCCUCCUCAAGGGGU